UUUCUGUCAUAAUAAUUGUCGAGCUAAUUAUUACCCUGGCUUGUCGGAUUAAAAUUUUAUAAACAAGCAAAAAAAAUUUUUUAGUCAAAACGUGUGCCACACUUCUCUUAUAAUAUUCGAAUUACCGUCAGUGUUAAACGGUUUUUCAUUGUGAGAAUAUUGGAUUCAGCUUGGUUAGAUUUUUGCAGUUGUUGAAGAGUGGAAAGAAAAGUCUAAAUCAUGUGUGACGACGAUGUUCCAGCUCUAGUUUGUGACAAUGGAUCAGGAAUGUGCAAAGCUGGUUUUUCGGGAGAUGACGCUCCCAGAGCCGUCUUUCCUUCGAUCGUUGGGCGACCACGGCAUCAAGGUGUCAUGGUUGGUAUGGGUCAAAAGGACAGUUAUGUUGGUGACGAAGCUCAGAGCAAACGAGGUAUUUUGACGUUGAAAUAUCCAAUUGAGCACGGUAUCAUCACCAACUGGGACGAUAUGGAGAAGAUUUGGCAUCACACCUUCUACAAUGAAUUGCGUGUUGCCCCGGAAGAACAUCCAGUUCUGUUGACUGAGGCUCCAUUGAAUCCGAAAGCCAAUCGCGAAAAGAUGACACAAAUCAUGUUCGAAACUUUCAACUCGCCGGCAAUGUACGUCGCAAUUCAAGCCGUACUCUCACUGUACGCUUCAGGCCGUACCACCGGUAUUGUAUUGGAUUCUGGUGAUGGUGUUUCCCACACCGUACCAAUCUACGAAGGUUACGCUCUGCCACAUGCCAUUCUUCGUUUGGAUUUGGCUGGUCGUGAUUUAACCGACUAUCUCAUGAAAAUUCUCACCGAAAGAGGCUACUCUUUCACCACAACAGCUGAACGGGAAAUCGUUCGUGACAUCAAGGAGAAACUUUGCUAUGUUGCCCUCGAUUUCGAACAGGAAAUGGCUACAGCAAUGGCUUCAACAUCUUUGGAAAAAUCGUAUGAAUUGCCUGACGGUCAGGUCAUCACUAUUGGCAACGAACGCUUCAGGUGUCCAGAGUCCCUUUUCCAACCGUCCUUCUUGGGUAUGGAAUCAUGUGGAAUCCAUGAGACUGUCUACAAUUCGAUCAUGAAGUGCGACGUCGAUAUUCGAAAGGACUUGUAUGCGAAUACAGUAAUGUCCGGAGGAACUACAAUGUAUCCCGGUAUCGCGGAUCGAAUGCAAAAGGAAAUUACUGCAUUAGCACCAUCGACAAUCAAAAUCAAGAUCAUAGCACCACCAGAACGAAAAUACUCUGUGUGGAUCGGUGGAUCGAUUUUAUCGUCGCUGACAACAUUUCAACAGAUGUGGAUUUCUAAGACUGAAUAUGAUGAAUCGGGACCGGCCAUUGUUCAUCGCAAAUGCUUUUAAUUGAAAGGAUAGCCGAAUUGUGUGCGGACGUUCUGAUGAUCCUGUAGAGUUUAGUUUUCUUUUUUAAAUUUUCAACGUUUAACGUUCAUACCCGAAAUAAAAGCAACGAAAAGACCAAUGUU